GCUUUUAAUGUAAAGUUCUAAUCUGACAAAUAGCCAAAAAAAAGUUAACAAUUGGCAAGAAUAUACAUAAAAAAGAUGCUCCUAGCUGAUGGAACCUUUCAAAGGAUAUCCCUCCAAAUGAAAUAACAUAAAGAAGUCAUUAACAAAAUGAGAAUGUAAAGAAGAAACACACACAUAUAUACAAACUUCUAUGUAUUUUUAUUUUUAAGGUAGAAGAAAUAUUGAAGAAGCCAAAUUCAGCUCUCAUAUAAAAACUAUAGUCUAUUGUAUUAAGGUCCAUAACUCAUUGAGAAAAUGAAAAGAAUGAGACAUUUUCUUAAGCUUAUAACUGAAAAUCAACAAGGUCAGACACGUAAAUUAUGUAGAGGUUUCUGUCAGGGAACUCAACUUUCACCAAACCAAGAUGAUUCAACAGAUGAUUUUUCUAUGGUUUCACCAAGAAUUAGACUUAGAGAUGGUAGACAUCUUGCUUAUGUUGAGAGAGGUGUACCUAAAGAUAAAGCAACAUACAAGAUCAUCAUUGUGCAUGGUUUUGGAAGCUCUAAAGAGAUGAAUUUUCUGGCACCUCAAGAAUUGAUAGAUGAAUUAGGAAUUUAUCUUCUACAAUAUGAUCGUGCUGGAUAUGGAGAGAGCGAUCCAAAUCCUAAACGUUCACUGAAAAGUGAAGCACUUGACAUUGAAGAACUGGCUGAUCAGUUGCAAAUCGGAGCAAAUUUUUAUGUAAUUGGAGUCUCAAUGGGUUCAUAUGCUACCUGGAGUUGUCUAAAAUAUUUGCCCCACAGGCUAGCAGGGUUGGCACUAAUCGCCCCAGUUAUCAACUACAGAUGGCCAUCUCUCCCUGGGAGUUUGAUAAGAGAGGACUAUAGGAGGAGAUUUAUUAAAUGGGCACUAUGGCUUGCAAAUCACUGUCCUAAACUAUUACAUUGGUGGGUGACUCAAAAGUGGCUACCUUCAACUGCUGUCAUAGAAAAAAAUCCAACAUUCUUCAACAAAAAUGAUAUAGAUAUUUUGAAGACUAUUCCAGGGUUUCCAAUGUUUUCAAAGGACAGGUUAAGGGAACAAGUUGUUUUCGACACACUUCGACAUGAUUGGAAGGUAGCUUUUGGAAAAUGGGAAUUUGAUCCAAUGAAGCUAAGCAAUCCAUUCCCUCACAAACAAAGUUCAUUUCAUAUUUGGCAAGGACAUGAAGAUAAAGUUGUGCCCUCUGAACUCCAAAGAUUUGUUUCAGGGAAGCUACCAUGGAUACAAUAUCAUGAAGUUCCAGAUGGUGGCCAUUUGAUUAUAUACUACAAGGGUUUAUGUGAGGCUAUUUUGAAGGCACUUUUACUUGGUCAAGAAAAUCAUGCAUAUAAACCUAGAUCUUCUUUGUUAUUCAAAGAUGAAUGCUAUCAAGAAACUAUCUAGCACACUUUUUUUUUUUUAUUAUCAUUUAUUCAUUAUUGGAAGAAAUUCAUGUAGAUGUGUUAUAAAAAGUGUGUUGGAGAAUAUGUUAUAAGUAGUUUAUUCUUUUUUAA